CGGCAGCGUCUAGCAGGAGACCGUGCCGCGCCAAACAGAGUCCUGCAGGUCAUGUCCUCGCCGGGCUUCGCCAUCCGAACGCUGACGGAUAGGGACGGCCCACAGCUGGUGUCCUUCCUGAGGCGCUUCUUCCUGAGGGACGAGCCGCUCAACGCCGCGGUGGGCAUCAUGGCCGACGGGCAGGAAUCCUCUCCAGAGCAGGAGAGCUUCUGUCUGGAGGCGCUGCCCGAAGGACUGUCGCUGCAGGCAGUGGACACGGAGAGCGGGAGUUUGUUGGGAGUCAGCCUCAGUCGUCUGCACCAGCCGGGGCUCGAAGUGGAGGCCGUGAAGAACGCCGAAGCGUGUCCGGACCCUGCCUUCCGCAAGAUUCUCAGGCUCAUCGCGUUUGUCGACCUCCAGGUCUCGGAGGAGCUGCGCAGCCUGUUCCCCGAGGCGGACCUACGGCAGGUUGAGGUCCAGGUCGUAUCUGUGGAUACAGCGACCAGGGGCCGAGGAGUCGCCAAGGCUCUCAUAGACCACACGAGGAAGCUGGCCAAGGACAGAGGAAUCCCGCUGGUGCGGAUUGACUGCUCCAGCGUGUUCUCCGCCAGGGCGGUGGAGAGGCUGGGCUUCCAGGAGGUUUUCUCCCUCAAGUACGACUCUUACAGACCAGACGGCAAGGUCGUCUUCACGCCGUCUGAACAAGCUGGGGAGGAGUACCGCACAUACAUCCAGAGAGUCAUCUGACCUGCUUCUGUACGGUGCAAACAGUGGCAGAAAUGGAUGAGAAACUGACGAACUGCAAACUGACCCAGAGACGUGCUGUCACGUUAUUUAUAGUACCUGAAGAAUACGUAGUGAAAGACACAUUCUCUUGUUGCUUACAAUGUAUGCUUUAAAGUUUUACCAUGCUGUAACAUAUGUUUCCCUACAUUCGCUGAUUCUCUGCACGCAGGGAGAGGCACACUUUCACUGACAAAAUAUCAUUAGCUGUUCAGACACAUCUUUUGAGUAUUUUACUAUAAGGAACCCGCGGCCUCCGGUGCUCAUGAUAGAGUAAUGGCAAUCCGCUUGAUUUGUAUCUGUGUUGUAUAUUAAAUAUUUGCUCAGCAGUGCAAAUUGUCUACCAAUUGCUCUGUGUGUCUUGUUCGGAAAAAAGAAAACUUGUUCUGUUCUAUAUCUACAGCGACAUAUACACCGACAUCUAUACUCCGCUGCUGAUAAUGUGCUUAAGCAGACUGAACAUCUAAGGUCAUCAGCCUCCUAAUAGCCGCCCUCUCACUUUUGGCAAGUUGCUCAGCAGGGGGUUCAUCGACGCCCGAAAAUGAAAGCUGAAGCAACCACCGUGGAACACACUAAAAUCAUGAAACUAAUACGCUUUUACUUCGUAUUUAGUAACUGGACACUGUAUGUGUACCAAAAUCUCUCGCUGGCAAUGUGAAACCAAGUACUUUUAACUUCCAGUUACAGUAUCUGAUCUAGAACCGUAGUUACUCAACCUUCGAAUACGAACAUAUUUAUGCAAAUUACUUUUAAGUGUGUGAUUGUAAUUAAUCUGAAAUG